AUGGUUUUUCAGAUUCGUUUCGUCCUUUUUCAGUCGCCGAGUAAAGCAUUUAAGAUGCUUCCUCAAAACAGUCUUUCAUUGUAUUUACUUAAUAUUUGGUUUAUCACUGGAGUUAUUACUGCAAUAUGUUUCUCAUUUUCAAUUAUCUUUUAUCUUUCGAGAACUUCUAUAAUGGAAUUAAGCUUAUGGUGGGUUGAAUUUUUUGGGUCAUUUGCUGUGGAUAGUUCGGUUACUUAUGUUCGUCGGCAAGAAGUUACGACAGCUUCAAAACGGUUCGUCGAAUUUGAUGGAAGUUUAGAAUUUGUAAUUCCUGGUUGGAACAUUCCAUGGACGCAGGUGCCACUGUACAUUGUAGUUCUAUUUCUUGCAGCACUCACUCACGAAUUUGGACAUAUGUUAGCUGCAUUAAAUACGAAUGUUCCGGUUUUAAAUAUGGGUUUCGUCUUUCUUGCCAUAUAUAUUGUUGCUUAUGUGGAAAUUGACACUACUGCUUUGCGACGUUUAUCUCUUUUUCAAAAAUUAAAAAUCAGUUGUGCCGGCAUAUGGCAUAAUUUGGUUCUUGCUGUGUUCGCUUACGCACUUUAUAAAGCUUCUCCUUUUUUUUUGUUACCACUUUAUGUAUCGGAUGCAGGAGUCUAUGUUUCAGAUAUUCAAAAGGGUUCUCCAUUAUCUGGUCCAGCUGGUUUGCAAAAAGGCAUCGUUAUCAAUGGCGUAAGCGGUUGCAGUGUCAGUAGUGUCGAUAAUUGGAACGACUGUUUAAUGAAGUUGAGGAGUACUGACUUAGGAUUUUGCGUAUCUAAUACUGUAAUCGCUGAUAAUAUUGCGAAGGAGAUGCAAUUAGUGGAAAAUGAAUUGGAUUGUUGCUAUAAUGCGACAAAGAAUCAUUCUACUUCUUAUAUGUGUUUUUACGUGCGUGAAUGGAUCAACACUACUCAGAGCAGAGGAAAUCAAGAAUUAUUGAAGUAUUUCUCAGCGAAAGAAUGCACUUGUUUACCAUCAAGGUAUGUGGCAGAAUUGCUUUUGUGUAGUUCUAAUGAAGACUGCAUAAAGUUGAAUGAUACAUUGGAAAAGUCAAGUGAGUCAUGCGUUUACCCUGCUCUUCUGGGCAAUAUGUCCCUCAUGAGAAUUUCAAUUAAUGACACAUCACGCGUAGUUCUAUAUGUGGGCUACAUCGAAGAAUUAGAAUGUCACGUAGAAGUAAGCAACUAUGUUCCGAGGUUAUCGUUCGUGCCAGCGCUUAUACCUUAUGUGAUUGAACUCAUGGCUAAAUAUCUUUUUACAUUUUCUUUUGCUUUUGCUGUUAUCAAUGCAGUACCAUGUAUAUAUCUCGAUGGGCAAUAUAUGUGGUCGAAUUUUGUAGAUAUCAUUUUCAGCAGAUUGGGACCAAGGUUCUUGAUCUUUGUGUUGUUUUUUAGAUUGAUGAAUCUCAUCUAA